AAGAGAGAUUAUUUCAUCUAUAACUAUAAUAUUGUUAUGUAUAAUCAUAUCUAUGUCAGAUAUAAAUAUAUGCGUUUGUCUUCUCCAUUAUAUGAGGCAAUCUAAUGGAUAGGCAAGUGCAAACUACGGUACCUUUGUCUGACGUUGUCCUUCCUGGUGAAGUAGUCAAUCCUGAUGCAUCUUCUUGGUUACAAGGACAUGGAAUUUACACGGAAAACAAUGUACUUAAAGCCAGUUACCUGGGGAAAAUAAGAAGAGUCAACCAGCUGAUAUAUGUUGAACCUCUCAAUGGAAGAUACAUGGCUCAGGUUGGUGAUAUAAUAGUUGGUACCGUGGAUGAAAUCUCCGGAAACAAAUGGCUCCUCGAGGUAGGAUCCCCGGAGAGAGCGCAGCUAUCCAUAUUUCAAGUAAAUUCGGAGGAUCUAGCAAACCGAAGAAAGGUGGAUGAAGACGUAUACGAAAUGAGCAAUUCAUUCGCUGUAAACGAUGUUCUAGCUUGCGAAGUGCAGAGGAUAUCGCCGACUGGAACGAUCAUGCUACAAACCAGGACCAGCAGACACGGCCGUCUAGGCAACGGUACACUAGUAAUCGUAAGGCCUAAUCUGAUAACUAGAGAAAGCAAACAUAUCUACGACUUAGACUGCGGAAUAAGAAUCAUACUCGGAUGUAACGGUUACAUUUGGCUCACAAGCUGCAACGAUGGAUCAAUCGACACCCCUUGUAGGGAAAAUAUCCGCACUCUUAGAAGUAUAAUACUAGGUCUCUCCUCCAGGCAUAUCAAAAUAAGCAUCGGCAUACUGAUACAACUCCUUUCGUUAUCUGAAGGAAGAUCAACCAGAGGCAUUAGACUCAGUCAGAGGACAACAGAAGAACUCUUAGAAGAGUUUAUUAAGAGCAGGAACAUGCAAAAUCUACUGUAGCUGAUGCAUGAAACCACCGUUAUACACAGUGGUGAUUAAAUCAGCGUUUCUGUAACCUCCCUUGAUUAUGGUAACCCUAAAAG